GGAAUCCUUAUCAAAAAAAGAAAAAGGGAAUUAAUUUUACCAAGAGUUUAGUCCAAAAUGAUAUUAAUGUAUUAAGAUAUUAUUAUCCAAUGGCAACAAAAUGAAAUUCUAAGAUGUCUGCUCCUCCUUUCUUCUUCUCACUCUUCUCUUUCUGAGAAGCUGCAAAACCAAAGCGGCACAGCCACAAGAGAGGCAGAGAGAGAACAGAAAUUUUCUUCGUGGGCAUAUAAUCAUUACGAUGAUCUUGCUUCUCCAGGAAUCACACUUCAGGAAAAGAUACAGCGCAUUCAUCUGAAAUCCAGAAAACCAUUUCGAGAAAACUGGAGAAGUGAGAUAAAGAAGCGAGCGAGACAGAGAGAUGACGCAAAACGGCGUCGUUACGGGAGGAGGUGGUCGUACGGUUGUGGUGGGCGUGAAGUUCGAUGCGUCGAGCAGUGAGCUGCUCGAUUGGGCUUUGGUUAAGGUUGCUGAACCGGGUGAUACCGUAAUCGCUCUUCAUAUUCUCACCAAUGAUAUUGCCGAUCGGGCAAGCAACUCUUCGCUUAUCUCCCAUGUUAAAACUUUUGACUCUGUUCUUGAAGUAUAUGAAGGUUUCUGCAAACUGAAAAAGGUGGAGUUGAAGCUGAAGUUAAGUAGAGGUUCUUCCACUCGAAAAACUCUAGCUGGAGAAACAAAACUGUGUGAUGCGUCCAAAGUUGUAGUUGGAAUUUCAAAAAGCUACCACACAAUUCACUCAUCUGUCUCCGUGGCUAAGUACUUAGCCAGGAAACUACCGAAAGAUUGCUGGGUUCUUGCCGUCGACAGCGGGAAAGUCAUGUUUCAGAAAGAUGGUUCCCCAUCGAUCACUCAUCACUCUAAAGUAAGAACCGAUGCUCGUAGGAACACUUUGUCUGGCUUCUUUCAAAUGCCUGUGACAUUGAGAAAGAAUACCAAAGUAGGUAUCCAUUCCGAAGAGGAAGAAAAUGAGGCGGAGAAUGAAGUUCACUCCAAUGGCCAGAGUCUACGUCAGGCUUUAGUGUUCUCCUGUCUUGGGAACUGCUCUGUUUCUAGUGUCAAUGGAUACGAUAGUGACCAAGAUGAUACUGCUGAAUUCCACAAGUCAAUGGCGGCUGUGCCAGAGAAAGUUCAAGAAGAUUUGACGAGAUUCAUGACGAUGCUGGUGAAAGAACUGCCUGAAUUUAGACCAGGUUGGCCUUUGCUUCGUCGUGUACCUUCUUCGGAUGUAUUAGCUAAUGUUCCGCGAAGUUCUUCGUUCAGACAGAUACCAGUUGUCCAGUGGGUGCUGAAGCUGCCCUCCAGGACCAGUUCUAUUGUUGGAAGUCAAUACACUAAGCAGAUUGAUUCUUCUGAAUCUGAAGAUGAUAAUAAGUUGUCUAGCUUAAACGCUGAAAGCCGCGCAAUUGUUCCUGAUGGUAAUGGCUCUGUGAUCAUGAAAUGUUCUCCUGAUAAUAUCACACGAAGAUUUCCAGAGAGUCUUCAUGAGAGGUUCUCCACAUCUUGCCGGUCUUUUAAGUACAAGGAGCUUGUGUCAGUGACAUCUAAUUUCUGUCCUGAUAAUUUCAUCGGAAAAGGAGGUAGCAGCCGAGUUUUUAGAGGUUAUCUGCCCAAUGGAAAAGAGAUUGCAGUGAAAAUUCUCAAGCAAACCGAAGGCGUCUUGAAGGAUUUUGUGGCAGAGAUUGACAUCAUCACAACCUUAAACCAUAAGAACGUUAUUACCCUCUUAGGUUAUUGCUUUGAAAACAAUAACCUAUUACUGGUAUACAACUAUCUCUCAAGAGGAAGCCUUGAAGAGAAUCUUCACGGAAACAAGAAAGAUCCGGUUGCAUUUCGCUGGGACGAGAGAUAUAAGGUGGCUGUGGGAAUAGCUGAGGCGUUGGAGUAUCUGCAUGACAGUGCUCCACAACCUGUCAUUCACAGAGAUGUCAAGUCAUCAAACAUAUUGUUGUCUGAUGAUUUUGAGCCACAGCUUUCUGAUUUUGGGCUUGCAAAGUGGGCGUCUCUAUCUACAACUCAGAUAAUCUGCUCCGAUGUUGCAGGCACCUUCGGCUACUUGGCUCCAGAGUACUUUAUGUAUGGUAAGAUGAACAACAAGAUAGACGUCUAUGCAUACGGUGUUGUACUCCUCGAGCUUCUUUCUGGACGAAAACCGAUUAGCAGCGAAUCUCCAAAGGCUCAAGAGAGUCUUGUUAUGUGGGCUAAACCAAUUCUGGAUGAUAGAGAUUAUUCUCAGUUAUUAGACCCGAGCUUACAGCAUGACAACAAUGGUGACCAGGUGGAGAGGAUGGCGUUAGCGGCCACUCUUUGUAUAAGACAUAACCCUCAAUCUAGGCCAAAAAUGGGAAUGGUCUUAAAUCUUCUAAAAGGUGACGAGGAGAUGCUAAAGUGGGCAAAGCAACAAGUUAGCAACGGUUUAGAGGAUUCAAAGCUACUCAAGGACGAGAAAUUGAAUAGGUCUAAUCUACAGUCGCAUCUUAACUUAGCAUUCCUGGACAUGGAGGACGACUCACACUCCAUGGGAAGCAUGGAGCAAGUCAUCUCCGUGGAGGAUUAUCUUAAAGGCAGGGAAAGCCGCUCAUCGAGCUUCAACUAAGAUGGUGAAGACACUCUUGUGUGUGUGAGAGAGUGUGAAGUGUAUAUAUGAAAAGGUCUUAUUGCCUCUUCCUCCCUCCCUUGGGUUUAUAGUUAUAAAUGCAACUUUUAAAUGUUUUGGGGUCUGUUUUUGAAUUUUUGCCUUUUGUGGGGCAAAAAAUAGACAUGCAAUAUAUGUAUUCCUUGAUCCUAAUAAUGGAUCAAAGUGAAUUUUCUUGGUGUCAUGUAAUGCUCGUACGUGUCUCACUGUCAUUAUCUAACAUUAUCUUUGUUCAAAUACAAUUUUAUAUAUGUAUUCGAGAAAUUAGAAAUGUAUAUUUUUUCAUAGUGCCUAUCACAAUCCUAGAGAUUUUAGUAAAAUCUUAUCUCAACUCAUGUGUGACUGAGUCCAUAUAGGCCACUCUGUGGUAAUAGAUGACGUAAUUAUAUUCCUGUCCUAUUCAAAGGUUUCGUUUGCGUUUGAAAGGAACGUGAUGGGACGAAAUAAAUUCUUGAUAUGUACCCAUUUUUGUACUCAUACCCUUUUC